UAAGACGAGUAGUCAAAGUUUUUUAAAAAAGUCAACGACGUCAUAUAUUUAUGAACGGAGGGAGUAUUAUUUACCUUGCCCGUCCGGCAUCUUCUGGAAACGCCGUGUACUAUGGAGGCUGGGAAACGAUAAGCGAUGGCGUGUCCGUUGUUUGAAGAUCCGACGGCUGAAAAAUAAAAGGCCGACGUGGACAUCACGAACGGCGAGCUUUACCUCGCCCGUCUGGCAUCUUCCGGAAACGUCGUGUACUAUGGAGGCUGAGAAACGAUAAGCGAUGGCAUGUCCGUUGUUUGAAGAUCCGACGACUAAAAAAUAAAAGGCCGACGUGAACAUCACGAACGGCGAGCUUUGCUCCCGUCUCUAUUAUAUAGAAAGAAAUCUUCUGGAAACGUCGUGUACUAUGGAGGCUGGGAAACGAUAAGUGAUGGCGUGUCCGUUGUUUGAAGAUCCGGCGGCUGAAAAAUAAAAGGCCGACGUGGACAUCACGAACGGCGAGCUUUGCUCCCGUCUCUAUUAUAUAGAAAAGAAAUUCAAUUUGCCUCAUACCGCUCAGUAGCAGGUCCGUGUAUCCCGCUUCCCGUUUCGCCGUCCCCGGCCCAAAAUCCCCCCUCCUCGACACCGGCGCCGUCUCCGCCUCUGCCUUCUCCGAUAGCCAUGGCCGCCGCGGGACCCGGGCUCUACUCCGAGAUCGGGAAGAAGGCAGAGAUUCGAGCUGCCGCGACCAGUAGGCUAUUCGAUUACUUUGUCAUAUAUGAUCAUAGAUACUUUGUGCUAUACCUAUUUAUCUCCUAUUCAUGUUAUUCGAUUACAUAUACAAGCAGUGAAAGCGGUUACUAAUAAUUGUACCUUUAUCUAUACACAUCAAAGUUCUCAAAACUACAACCCUCUUACUCGCACGCUCGCGUUUCACGAUUGUUCACCCGUUCGCUGUGCGAAGCGUGGAUACGAAGUCACGGGUCUCUUUUCUCCCUCCGCGGUGUGUCACGCGGGCCCGUGCGGCACGCGCUCUCUCUCUCCUCUACCCAUGGCGUCUGGACCUCUUCCCACCCCUCUGUCUCGUCCGUCGCUACAGCUGCCCUCCGGCGUCCGUCGCUACAGCUGCCCUCCGUCUGUCUCUUUGGGGGCUCGGGUCUCCGUCCAUCCUUGGGGCCUCCGUCCGUCUCUCCUUGCCGCUCGCUGCUCCGUCCCAACUCUCGGGGGCGUGGGCGCUGGCCACGCCCAUCCUCCGCUGACGGCGAGCUCGCGUCGAAGAAACGGAGGUAGCCUCCACCUAGUCGCGCGUCGUCGCAGAUUCGUCGCUGCUGCGCGGGCCCACAGUCAUUCGGUCACGGUCGUCGGCAUGGGCGUCGUGGACGGUCGUCCUCCUGUGUGGGCGACGUGGCUCUCCACGCCCGGGUCCGAUCUCCGGAACGCACUUUACUCCCCGUCGAGACGGAUCUGCUGCUGCGGUCCUGGCCCCAUGUUCCACGCGGGACCACAGUCAGCCGCUGCGGGAGGAGAUUCUUGGCCCUGCUGACGCCUCUCCUCGCUAAGCCCGCCGAGACAAGCCUCUACAGCGUCCGCGUGUCUCAACGGUGACGAGGAAUGGGCGUCUGCGAGGUGCUGGGCAUAAAGUGGUACCUUCCGCUCCUUUGUUGUCUCCUUCCUCGUCCUCCCCUUCCCCGGUUCACGUUUCCGACGGCAGCGCAUGCAGAUCCCCAACAUCUGUGUUCCUCAUUCCUUCAGAUUUGGGUUUCGUCCUUUAUGCCGCCAGGUGCCGUCAUCAUGGGGUGGCUUGAGUUGGUGUUUCUUCUGUUCGUGACCUAGAUCGUGUGGAGGUCUCCGUUGGUGCAGGUUUGUCUUGCUAGCGACGGCUGACUCUGCAUCUUAUUCGCCUGCUUCAUGUGGUGUUCUUCGGUUCAUGCUCUAGGCGUCCUGUGCCCCCAUCAGCUUACUUGAGCGGGUUACAUUCACCGUGGUUUCUUUUGCAUUCACACUGAUGUUUGGGUCCUGGCAACACAAGUGUCUAUAGGUUCUGUUAGGCUAGGCUGUCCAGGCAUUUGGUACAUCCUAACAGUAUGGAGAAUCCUUCGAUGAAAACUACAAUGUAUGGUGGUAGGCGACCUGCUAUCCAGUCUAUAGCAUGAAGUGUAGGUGGUCGCGAAGGGGUUAGGACCUGCUGUGGAUGAAUGGACAAUAGUUUUGUUUGCCAUGGAUAUGUCCUAUCAAUCAUGAGUGCCUUUUAUCUUCAGUAUCGUUUGCCACGUAUAUUUUUUGUUGAUUAGGUGUCGUCUGCCUUUUCCCUUCUGUGAUCUUCAGCUUCGUGGUUAGGUUCCUCCUUUUGAUGAAUCCUUAGAAAUGUCGGUUCGAACCAGGUCAAAUAAAUAUGGGCCCAAAUAGAUAUGUCAAUGUCUAGAUUGCUCUCACUUGAUGCUUAUGUUGUUGUUGCUGUGUGCACUUUGGAUCUAUAGAUGUCCAAACAAUGCGGGCCGCCCGUUUGACCCGUGGCACGACACGAAUUUAGCCCGGUCCAAACACGGCCCGACACGGUUGGUUACGGGCCCGGGCCGGCACGGCCCGUUUAGCGGGCCGAGUAUGGACAGCUACGGCGACCCGCGUGCUUUGGCCCGGCCCGGCCCGGCCCGAUAUAUGGAUCGGCACGACGGCGGCCCGCGUAUUUGACUCGCACUCCCGCAGGCCGCACUGCCGCGCCGGCCCAAUUCGCGUGACCCCGGCCAAAAACAAACACCCGGCCGUCAUUUUCCUCUCGCAGCCAGUCGCAGUCUCGCAAACGGCAAACCCUAUCGCCUGACGCCUAUCCCUCUCGUCUCGCCUCGGUCUCUGGCGGCGGCGCCGCCGUUUUCCCCCAUCGUCUCGGCGACUCCUGAGUCCCGACCUCGACGCUACAGCGGCUGUGGUGAUCCGUCCUCCACUCCUCCUUCGUCCAUUCCUCUGGUGCAAGGUUUGUCCGGCUCUGGCCUCUGGUUCUUCUGCUUUGAAAGGUCCGUCUCUGCCUCUUCGUCUCUGGUCUGGUGUGCCGCGCCGUCCUGUUCGGCAGCCUCAGCUACGGCGCCAUCCCGGUCGAAUCUCAUCGCAGCUGAUCCCUCUGGAUCUCGUCCGCGGCAACGGCGCCAUCCCGGCCGAAUCUCGUCAGCGUAGCUGGUCCCUUCGGAUCUCGUCUGCGCACGGCACAGCUGCUCUGUCUCAUGAUUUAAAGCUGGUCCCUCUGGAGAUUUAUUUUUGGAGAUAAUAGACACCGCGCAUGCAUGCUCCUGCCGUCCUGCGGAGCUCUCUCAGGCUUUUUGCAUCAGAUAUUCAGAUCUGCUCCGCGAAAAGAAGAGAAGAAUUGGAUGCUCCGUCAGAGCAGCAAUCGCCUGGCUGUCUGUCAUCAAGAAUUAACGCCACGAUCGGCUUUUGCUUUUGCAGCUCAUCAUAUUUGUAUCAAUACGAUAUUAUCAUGUGAAUUGAUAAAUGAAUUUUGUUGCCUUAAUAUAUGUAAAUAAUAUGUUAUUAUAUAUGAUUAAUUCUGUUAAAUGUAUGUAUUUAUAUACUGAUCUACUGUUGGUUCGGGCCAGUGGCCGGCCCGGUACGUUAAGGCCCACUGGGCCAACGGGUCGGCCCGGCACGAUUUUUCCCCUGUGCGUGCCGGGUUUGGACAUGUCCCUAGACACGUGGGCUAGCACGACCCGGCCCGAAGCAUCAACGAGCCGUGCCUGGCCCGGCCCUAUUCGUACCGGGCCGAAAUGGGUUCGGGCCAGGUCCGUGUUGGGUGGUCCGUUUGGACAUCUAUAUUUGGAUCUAAGCGAGCCAUUUGUAAAUAUAGUUGAGCUACUUGUUUUAAUGCCUGGCUCUUUCCUUGUUAGGUGACGGUUGGAGGAUUCUGCAAGAGGACGCUCAUCGCAUAUUCCUUUUCAUCACUUUGGUGAGUUGACAUGCUUGCAGAGUUGUACCUCGUGGCUUUUUAGCGUGUAUGAUUGCUUUGGUUCUACGUUAUUCCCAUAAGUUGAUUCUGGACUAUAUAUGUUCGUGAUAUCCUGAUGCUCACCAUAGUUCCUCCAGUUCGCUAUGUGUCGGGUACCGUAAUUAAGGGUACCCUGAUUACGUCCCUAAAAAUACCUAAACGCCUGGGUAAGAAGGGGUCGCAAAACAAACACGCUCCCAUCCUACCAAGGCCACGCGGAACCUAAAUCGCGACUCACCCGAGGCACCAUAGGCCAACAGCACAACUACGUUUCGCCCGAGCCCAACCUCGGGCGAACAGUAAUCCUACGUUUCGAUAGAGCCUCGGGCGGGAAACGCAUUUCUGACUCGCCCGAGGGCGUCUCGGGCAGUGCUCCGGGGCGUGCCCGCCUCGGCCAACCACUCCGAUCCCAGAACAUGCGCAUUUAAUGUAGUCUGUACGGUCACCUGUCCCGCUGCAGGUGCCAAAGUCAAUACAGGGCGACACGACUACGGUCUAAUCUACUUUUACCUCCCACGACGACGGUCAGAGCGAAAAUACGGGGUACUGUUCCCCCACUCCGACCACUGUUUCAACCACUCAGAGUGUGACUACAUGCAACAUCUGAUCCCGGCACUCGGCCUCGGGAGAAAUCUUCGCCUCGCCCGAGCCCAGCCUCGGCCAACUGCUCCAACAGGGAAACAUGCGAUGCCACCUGCUCUCCCGCGAACCCCGCUGAAGACAGGAUGGCUACAGAAACAACAAGACUGGCGUCCAAUCUACUUUCCACCAUCCCGGAUGACGCCUGAACCAGAUUACCACACACUUUUUCACCAUACCGAGCGCUGUUUCAACAGCUCCGACUCGACACGCUUGGAAACGUCUCAUCCGCACUCCUGAACGGGACAGGCUCGGACACGCCCAUGCUCCCGACCCUGGCCUCGGCUCUCUACCUAAUCAAAAGACAGGCUACAGGGAUCAGGCGUCCUUCUGCUGACCGAAGACGACGCAAAGGACAAGGGCCAUCCCGCCGGUCCUACCGCUACAGGGCUCGGACACGCCUCCUCCGACCACAACAAUAGCAUAGCUACACCUGUACACCUGGGCCCUCUCCUUGCGACUAUAAAAGGAGGAGCCCAGGGCCUUCUCUAGGCAGGUCGAGGACAACACUUCACGGUGCACUCCUCACUCCACUCCUGAUAUUGGCACUUGCCUCAAUCAUACUCAGAGACUUGAGACUCACUCCCUCUCUCGACUCACUUGUAUCCCCUACUACGAGCACUUAGGUGCAAGAUAAUACAAGUCUCCUCCCCCCCGCUGGAAGUAGGGCCUUCUCUUGCCCAAACUAGGAUAUACCUUGUGUGUCUUCUUGCAUCAACCAUCCGGGACAAGGGCACGCAGCACAAAUUCACUGGUCGGUUAGGACCCAUGGGUUCAAAACACCGACAGUUGGCGCGCCAGGUAGGAGACGCUGCGUGUUGACAACACAUUUCCAUCAAGGUUCCGGAUGGCAAAUCCUGAAAACCCUUUUCCGCUUGGCACGGUGAUCUGGUUCGGGAGUCUUGAGUUCAUGUCCCUUGGCUACGAUUAUGACAUGGUACUCCUCCCACCUAGACAUCACACCGACGACGACUACCGUUUCUCCCAACCGGGAGGAGCACGACCGCUCCUGCUCCCCUGGCCAGAGGAGGGACACCCAGACCUCCGCCGCCGUCCCUCUCGCCGGAGGAGACGGAGACGGAACAACCGCAACCGCACCGCGGGCGGUGCUUCCCGCCCGGCCGGCGCUUCUGGGCAGGCCGAUGGCGCAGACUCCCUUGUGAGGGACCUGUCUGACGUUAGCCUCGCACCAAGAACGACGACGGCUACACACGUUGCUUCCACGAUAAGUCCAUCAGCCCCUCCUCCCGCAAUCCGGGAGGUAGGAUCGACGUCACGCUCUCUCCCUUUCGGGAUGAGCAAUGUCGCUGCAGGCUAUCCUUCUUCAGUAAGUACCCACAUGAGUGCAUAUACUGAACUUCCAGGACACCAUCUGCAGUCAACACUGGACCUGCUUGCAACCACUCCAACCUCGGAGCACGUGGACUCCGAAGUAGGAGAUGACCUAGAUCCUGGCCUGGACUUUUUCGGGCUCUGCGAUCUCGGGUCCAUGCGGCACUUCCUGUCCGCGUGCGACUACUACCUCUCCGAUGACUCCAACGACUACAGCUCCGACGAUGAAGGUUACAACCCGACUCGAGAAUGCUUCCACGCUGAGCACGAGGAGCAUGGAGGAGAGAACCAGCUUGGCAUGCCCAGGAUCGACAACACCCCAACACCGGCGCCGCGCAUCGAAGGCCCGAGGGAGCGGGAUGUGGUUCGGGCCCCCGCGGGGAGUCAGGACGCACAACUCGAACAACUCCAUGAGAUUUAGGCCAAACUCGAUGAGGAGCAGCAAUGAUUACGACAACUCCAGCAAGUCAGGAAAGGGCAGGCUGAGCCCCAACGGAGGGGCACGCGCCAGAUCACGCGACGUCCACCAUCGCAUCGUCGAGGAUGCAGGGGCCGAGCAACCCCUAGUCUUUAAUAGGGCCAGUCAGAACCUCGCUGCGGCGGCAAUCUUGCUCUGACCAAUGCCGGAGCCAUCCAUUAUCGAGGGGCACCGAGUCCAAAGCGAGAUCAAGGGUCUCCUGGAAUGCGCCGCGGUCCAGCAGACCGAGAGCUCUGCCUCCCGACUUCGAGAGCCUUCCUCGGAGCACCGAGCGGGGCCCUCCCGUCAGGAGCGAGAGGCCUCGGUCCAUCCCGAGCCCGCAAGGGACAAAGCCCCCAAGGUCCGAGACCGCCUCUUCGACAACCGCCAGAAUCACGAUGUCUGAGCCCGCCUCGGCGAGCGACUAUGUCACGAUGACCGCCGUCACGCCACGCGAGGCUACCACCCUCGGCGGGGUGGGCGCUACGACAGUGAGGAAGACCGAAGCCCCUCACCCGAACCUCUGGGCCAACAAGUCUUCAGCGCGAGCUAUACGCAGGGCACCAUUCUCGGCUCAGUUCCGAGCACCGACUACCAUCACCAAGUACUCGGGGGAAACGAAGCCCGAGCUAUGGCACGCUGAUUACCGCCUGGCAUGUCAGUUGGGAGGUACGAACGACGACAAACUCAUAAUUCGCAACUUGCCCCUGUUCCUAUCCGACGCUGCUCGAGCCUGGCUCGAGCACCUUUCGCCCGCACAGAUUCACGACUGGGACGACCUGGUUAGGGUCUUCGAGGGAAACUUCCAGGGCACAUACGUGCGCCCCGGUAACUCCUGGGACCUCAGGAGCUGCCGGCAGAAGCCGGAUGAAGCCCUACGCGAGUACAUCCGGCGAUUCUCCAAGCAACGCACCGAGCUGCCCAACAUCACCGACUCAGAUGUCAUCAGGGCAUUCCUUGCCGGCACCACCUGCCGAGAUCUCGUCAGCAAGCUGGGUCGCAAGACCCCCACCAAAGCGAGCGAGUUGACGGACAUCGCCACCAAGUUCGCUUCAGGGCAGGAGGCCGUCGAGGCCAUUUUCCCCGAGGACAAAGGCAAGGGGAAGCGGAAGGAGGACGCCCCCGAGGCGACCACCCAAUGCAACCCCGAGAAGAAUAAGAAGAAGGCACCACAGGGGAAGCACGAAGUCCUCAAGACCGAUCUUGUCGCCGCUACGGACCGUAGAAAUCCCCGAGGCACCCUCGGGGGUCCCAAUGUCUUUGACAAGAUGCUCAAGGAGUCGUGCCCCUAUCACAAGGGCCCAGUCAAGCACACCCUCGAAGAAUGUGACAUGCUCCGACGCUACUUCAACAAGCCCAACCCCUCGGCGGACGAUGGCAAGAAGGGCUUUGGUGACAAGGGCGACAACAAGGACGAGGAGUUCCUAGAGGUCCACAACUGCUUCAUGAUCUUCGGUGGGCCAAUGGUGAACCUUUCAGCACGACAGCGGAAACAGGAACGAUGGGAGGUCUUCUCGGUCGGGUCGAAGUGGCAAUGCCGGUCUACCUAGACUAGUCAGACAAAGCCAUCACCUUCGACCGAGAUGACCACCCAGACUACAUUCCGAACCCAGGAAAGUACCCGCUCAUCGUCGACCCUGUCAUCGGCAACACCCGACUCUCCAAAGUCCUCAUGGAUGGAGGCAGCAGCCUCAACAUCAUCUAUGCCGAGACCCUAGAGCUCAUGGGGAUCAGCAAGUCCCAGAUCCGAGCUGGCGCCGCACCAUUCCACGGCAUCACCCCCGACAAGCGAGUCCAACCCCUCAGGCAGAUCGAUCUGCCCGUUUGCUUCGGCAUCCCCUCCAACUUCAGGAAGGAGGUCCUCAUCUUCGAGGUGGUAGGGUUCCGAGGUGCCUACCACGCUAUCUUAGAGAGGCCAUGUUAUGCCAAGUUCAUGGCCAUCCCGAACUACACCUACCUCAAGCUGAAGAUGCCGGGCCCAAGGGGGUCAUCACUGUCGGCCCCACAUAUUGCCAUGCAUACGAGUGCGACGUUGAGUGCGUCGAGUACGCCGAGGCUCUCAUUGAGUCUGAGGCUCUCAUCGCCGACCUAGAGAACCUCAUCAACGAGGUGCUCGAUCCCAAGCGGCACGCCGACAAUUUCGAGCCGGUCGAGGCAGUCAAGUCCACCCCCCUCGAUCCCAGCGGCUUCAGCGAUAAGACGUUGAAGGUCAGCUCCGAGCUCGACCCCAAAUAGGAAGCAGUGCUCGUCGACUUGCUCCGCGCGAAUGCCGAAAUAUUCGCGUGGAGUCCCUCGGACAUGCCUGACAUACCGAGGGAUGUCGCCGAGCACUCCUUGGAAAAGCGCAACACCUGCGCCGCUUCGACGAGGAAAAGCGCAGAAUCAUCGGGCAGGAGGUCCACAAGCUUUUGGCGGCUGGGUUCAUCAAGGAAGUCUUUUACCCCGAAUGGUUAGCUAACCGUGUGCUAGUUAAGAAAAAGGGAGGGAAAUGGAGGAUGUGUGUGGAUUACACUGGUCUAAAUAAGGCAUGUCCAAAGGUUCCCUGCCCUCUGCCUCGGAUCGAUCAAAUCGUUGACUCCACUGCAGGGUGUGAAACCCUGUCUUUCCUUGACGCUUACUCCGGUUACCAUCAAAUCAAGAUGAAAGAGUCCGACCAGCUCGCGACUUCUUUUAUCACACCAUACGACAUAUAUUGCUACACUACCAUGCCCUUCGGCCUAAGGAAUGCGGGGGCCACGUACCAGCAGUGUAUGAACCAUGUGUUCGGGGAUCACAUCGGCAAAACGGUCGAGGCUUAUGUCGAUGACAUCGUGGUCAAGACAAGAAAAGCCUGCGACCUCAUCUCCGACUUAGAGAUAGCAUUCACAUGCCUGCGGGCAAAGUUGUGCUGUAAAGAUUUCCAUACCUAAUGAACGAUCUUACUCAGCAUCAGAGUCAUCAUCAGCAUAUACAGCAGCUGACCUUGUGGGCAAGAAUUCUUCUUCUCAUUAGAUGGACCAAAAAUCUGUGCGAAGAGUCACACCCAUCUCCUCAUCUGACUUCACCGUAACAUCCACUCGUCCAGCCACCUCAACUUGUAUGAUUCUCCUAGUAAUACCAAACGCGCCUCCAAUCUUGCCAGUGUCCCUAGCCACACAAAGGAACAUUUCACCGUCAUGGGAGCUCUUGACCAGCCAGACUUUUUGGCCGAGAUCCGUCUCUCCAUAGCCAAUGACUAAUACAGCAUGAGCUAUACCCUGAUCUUCCGUGUCAUCUAAUGUAUAGGCUGGUCCAUCAAGGACUACCUGCAGAUAAGUAAAAAAACAGAAAA